AUGGUACUUUCUUCCUGCUCUUUAACAUGGACUUCACCCUCUUUAUCCCAUAAGCUAAACUUGCCACAUUCAAAUCGUUUGCUUCGAAAUACUUCAACUUCAUCUUCCAACAAUGUCUCUUGUGCAAUGGAAACAUCUUCGAGUUCAGAAAGUAAGAGCCUGAGAAGACCUCUAUUGUUGGGUAUAGGAGCAUUAGCAGCAAAUUUGCAACCAACAAAAUUACUCUUUGCUGAUGAAAUACCGGACAGAUAUAGAGCUUUUGUCGACUUUACAGACGGAUAUUCGUACGUUUAUCCCUCGGAUUGGAAAGAAUUUGACUUCACAGCUCAUGAUUCUGCAUUCAAAGAUAGGUAUUUGCAGUUACAAAAUGUAAGAGUGAGAUUCAUACCAACUGAGAAGAAAGAUAUCAGAGAAUUGGGUCCAAUGGAAGAGGUUGUAACUAAUUUGGUGAAACAUAGAUAUUCUGCACCAAACCAAAGACCAACAAUAUAUGACAUGCAGGAGCGGACGAUAGAUGGAAAACAUUACUAUACAAUUGAAUAUGUAAUUGCAUCGCGAAAUUACGCUAGCGCCUCCUUUACAACACUUGCCAUAGGAAAUGGAAGAUCCUACACAUUGAUUGUUGGAGCCAAUGAAAGGCGAUGGAAAAAAGUACGAAAUCAGCUUAAAGUGGUAGCAGACUCAUUUAGGCUCAUAGAUAUUUGA